AUGACCGGCGAGGAGGAGGAGGAGGAGGAGAAGGAGCACGGUGGCCACAGGUACGUCAGGAUGCCGCCGGAGCCGCCCGAGCCGGAGGGGUUGGCCGCCGCGUCGUCGGCGUCGUUCCGCCUGCCGGAGUCGGCGCGGGUGUUCGACGAGCUGCCGCGGGCCAGGAUCGUCGGGGUCUCGCGCCCCGACGCCGGGGACAUCACGCCCAUGCUGCUCUCCUACACCAUCGAGGUCCACUACAAGCAGUUUAGGUGGCUUCUAUAUAAGAAGGCUUCACAAGUGGUAUAUCUACAUUUUGCAUUGAAGAGACGUGCAUUUCUUGAAGAAUUUCAUGAGAAACAGGAACAGGUCAAAGAAUGGCUUCAAAAUUUGGGGAUCGGGGAGCAUAUGCCAGUUGUACAUGAUGAUGAUGAAGCCGAUGAUGUGCAUGUUCCUUCACAGCAUGAUGAACACUCUGUCAAAAAUAGAAAUGUUCCCUCAAGUGCUGUUUUACCUGUUAUUCGGCCUGCCCUUGGUCGUCAGCAAUCAAUCUCUGAUCGUGCAAAGGCUGCCAUGCAAGAAUACUUGAACCAUUUCUUGGGAAACUUGGAUAUUGUCAACUCAAGGGAGGUUUGCAAAUUUUUGGAAGUUUCACUGUUAUCAUUUCUGCCAGAGUAUGGGCCCAAGCUAAAGGAAGAUUAUGUUACAGCAAGGCACUUGCCAAAAAUUGAAAUUGAGAUGGACAGUAAAGAGAUAUACUGUUCAUCAUGUUGUUUUAGCUUUUGCAGUAGUAGCUGGCAAAAGGUUUGGGCUGUACUGAAGCCAGGAUUCUUGGUUUUACUCCAAGAUCCAUUUGAUCCUAAGCUUUUGGACAUAAUUAUUUUUGAUGUGUCACCUUACACUGAUAGAGAUGAAGGCCAAACCACUCUAGCAAAGGAGAUAAAGGAACGUAAUCCAUUGCAUUUUGGAUUUGAGGUAUCUUCUGGGGGGCGGACAAUAAAAUUGAGAACAAGAAGUUCAACUAAGGUAAAAGAUUGGGUUACUGCAAUAAAUGCUGCUCGACGACCCCCAGAGGGCUGGUGUCACCCUCACCGCUUUGGUUCAUUCGCACCACCUCGGGGCUUGACUGAAGAUGGUAGUGUGGUACAAUGGUUCAUAGAUGGUCAUGCUGCAUUUGAUGCUAUUGCUUCUUCCAUUGAGGAAGCCAAAUCAGAGAUAUUUAUAACUGACUGGUGGCUGUGCCCAGAAUUGUAUCUUCGACGCCCCUUUCACUUUCAUGGAUCCUCUAGGCUUGAUAUUCUUCUGGAAUCAAGGGCGAAACAAGGUGUACAGAUUUACAUUCUUUUGUACAAGGAAGUUUCUCUUGCAUUGAAAAUCAACAGUAUGUACAGUAAACGGAGGCUACUUAACAUUCAUGAGAAUGUUAAAGUUCUGCGCUACCCAGAUCAUUUCUCGACUGGCAUAUAUCUAUGGUCUCACCAUGAAAAAAUUAUUGUUGUUGAUAAUCAAGUAUGCUAUGUUGGAGGUCUUGAUUUGUGCUUUGGUCGUUAUGACUCCCCUGAGCAUAAAGUUGCGGAUUUUCCUCCAUCAACAUGGCCUGGAAAGGAUUACUAUAAUCCUAGGGAAUCUGAGCCAAAUUCUUGGGAGGACACAAUGAAAGAUGAGCUUGAUCGCACUAAAUAUCCUCGCAUGCCUUGGCAUGAUGUUCAGUGUGCACUUUAUGGUCCAGCAUGUAGGGAUGUAGCAAGGCAUUUUGUUCAGAGAUGGAACUAUGCAAAGAGGAAUAAAGCACCGAAUGAGCAAGCAAUUCCAUUAUUAAUGCCUCAUCAUCACAUGGUAAUUCCUCAUUACAUGGGUACAAGCAAGGAAACAAAUGGGGAAACGGAGAAUAAACAGGGCCAUGAUAAGGAUAUUAAAUUUAAUAGGCUAAACUCCUUGAUAACACCAGCAUCAUGUCAGGACAUUCCGUUGCUUUUGCCGCAUGAACCUGAUCACCAUGCAUUCGCAAGUGGAGAUUUUGGACUGAAUGGCAUGAAUAUCACUAAUGGUCUUUCAGACCAUGCAAAUAAAACCAAUUGGAACCAGCAGGCACUGUCGAACCGAAAGGCCAAACAAGAUCUUUCUUUACAAGAUUUACAGAUGAAAGGAUUUGUGGACAAUGUCGGUUCCCUUGAGGUUUCAGUGUCUAAACACUAUGGCACCUCAAAUCCAAAUAUGCAACACAUAGAUAAGGAGUGGUGGGAGACACAAGAACGAGGAGAUCAAGUUGCCUCUGCGCUUGACGUUGGAGAAGUUGGUCCCCGAGCAGCAUGUCGUUGUCAGGUUGUUAGAAGUGUUGGCCCAUGGUCAGCAGGAACAACUGAAAUCGAAGGAAGCAUCCACAAUGCCUAUUUUUCUCUCAUUGAAAAGGCAGAACAUUUUGUUUACAUCGAGAAUCAGUUUUUCAUAUCAGGUCUUUCAGGAGAUGACACAAUUAAGAAUCGUGUAUUAGAAGCACUAUAUAGGCGUAUACUUAGAGCAGAAAAGGAGAAAAGGCGCUUCCGGGUUAUUAUUGUCAUACCACUUUUACCUGGUUUUCAGGGUGGCAUUGAUGAUGGUGGAGCUGCGUCUGUGAGGGCAAUUAUGCAUUGGCAGUACCGAACUAUUUGUAGAGGACCUAAUUCAAUUCUUAAGAAUCUGUAUGAUGUGGUUGGCUCGAAGGCGCAUGAUUACAUCUCAUUUUAUGGGCUUAGAGCACAUGGCAGAUUAGGUGAUGGGGGUCAUUUGGUCACUAAUCAGAUAUAUGUGCACAGUAAAUUGAUGAUUAUUGAUGACCGCAUGGCAUUAAUUGGCUCAGCUAACAUAAAUGAUAGAAGCUUGCUUGGAUCUAGGGAUUCCGAGAUUGGUAUAGUUAUUGAAGAUAAAGAGGCUGUCAGUUCUAUAAUGGAUGGAAGACCUUGGGAAGCUGGAAAGUUCUCCCUCAGCCUACGACUUUCUCUAUGGGCAGAACACCUUGGUCUUCUUCCAGGAGAGGUUAGUUGCAUUAUGGAUCCUGUGGAUGAUUCAGCGUACAAAAACAUUUGGAUGGCCACUGCUAAGGAGAAUACCAUGAUCUACCAACAAGUAUUUUCAUGUGUUCCCAACGAUCACAUCCAUUCUAGGUACCAAUUUCGCCAAAGUUUUGCUCAUCGGAAGGAGAAAAUUGGCCACACAACCAUCGACUUGGGUGUUGCCCUAGAGAAUCCAGAAACUCAACAGGAUACAGACCUGGCACGUGUCAAUCCAAUGGAGCGGUUGCAGGCCGUUCGGGGUCAUAUUGUUUGCUUCCCUUUGGAGUUCAUGUGCCAAGAGGACUUGAGACCUUUCUUCAGCGAAAGCGAGUAUUAUACAUCUCCACAAGUUUUUCAUUAG